UUCUUGCCUUUUCCUUUUAUUUUUAUUUUUUUUAUUUUUAUUUUUAUUUUAUUUUUAUUUUUUUUACUUUCUUCUUCGUCUUCGUUGUCGGAGGCAGACGACACUCUCUGUUCCUCACGGUCUCGAUCUCCAUAUACCCAUUUCCAUGGCUCACCAUUCUUCCUCUUCCCCUUCCCCUUCCCCCUCCCCUCCUCUCCCUUCCCAAUCCGAUCCAUCUCUUUCCCGGAACUCUUCUCUCAGCCGUCUCAACGCCCAGGCUCCUGAGUUCGUCCCCACUCGCUCCUCCCCUCGUCCCGAUCUACAACCUCCGCACUCCUCCUCUGGCUCUCAGCCUCCUCCUCCUCCUCCUUCUUCCAAGCAAUCGCCUCGGAUUCUCAUUCCUUCUCCUCCUCCGCCGCCGGCCGUGAUGCAUGUUUAUCCUCCCCCUCCUCCUGGAUCUCCCUUCCAUGUUCCCAUUCAGAGCCCUGUUCCUGUUCCUGUUCCUGUUCCCACUCAUGUUGUUUCUAUUCCGAAUCAUCACUAUCAUCCUCAUCAUCGCCAUCACCACCAUCAUUCCCAUCAUGUUCCUGUGCUUUAUCAUCCUCAUAAUCCUCAGUAUUAUGCCGAUAAUGGUGGAUUUCAUGACCCUGACAACGUUGUGCAGCAACCUCAGAAGCCUCCGGUUGAGUCCGACUAUGGUGCUCCGUCUAGGACUAAACUCACUGAGGAAGUCUCCCAGAAGCUUUUGAAUCAGGUGGAAUAUUAUUUCAGUGAUUUAAAUUUGGCAACUACUGAUCAUUUGAUGAGGUUUAUCAAUAAAGAUCCCGAUGGAUAUGUGCCUAUAUCGGUUGUUGCAUCAUUCAAGAAGAUUAAGGCUCUCAUUAAUAGCCACUCUCAGCUAGCCAAUAUUUUGCGCAACUCUUCUAAGCUUAUGGUUAAUGAAGAUGGAAAGAAAGUUAGACGCAAACAACCACUUUCAGAGUCAGAUAUGGAGGAGCUGCAAUCUCGCAUAGUCAUUGCGGAGAAUUUACCUGAUGAUCAUUGCCACCAAAACCUCAUGAAGAUUUUUUCUGCUGUUGGGAGUGUUAAAAACAUUCGAACGUGUCAACCUCAAAUCUCAGAUACUGGAACUUCUUCAACAUCUAAAUCAGCCAAAGCUGAUGGAAUGCAUUACAGUAACAAGUUGCACGCAUUCGUGGAAUAUGAAUCUGUUGUGCUGGCUGAGAAGGCUGUUGCAGAAUUAAAUGAUGAAGGGAAUUGGAGAAAUGCACUUAGGCUUCGUUUGAUGCUUACAUGCACGUCAAAAUCUGCUCCACCGCGUGGGAAGAAGGGACAUAAUGGGGAGAUGAACUGCAAAGAUGAUGAUACCUCUGAACAACCACAUAUUGAGAAGCAUGUUGAUGACCUUUCUGAUCAAGCUGAUGUUCAUCCGCAUGAACAACGAGAGGAACAGGGAAACGAGAAAGAUGGAGGUGGGCAGAGAAGAGUCCGAAAUAGGGUACGUGGUAAAGGACGUGGUCGAUCACAGUACCACCAUAAUCACAAUAAUAACCAUGGGAAUCAUGUGGGAACUCCGCCUUCGAGUAGCUCUAGCAGCAUCGAACAGGCAGGUACAGUGAAGCAGCAGCCUCCAGGGCCACGAAUGCCAGACGGAACAAGAGGAUUCUCCAUGGGGCGGGGAAAGCCAGUGAGUGUGAAUAUGGCUUGAAAACCAAAUUUGGAAUAGGUGGAGGGGGAGGGGAAGAGGAAGGGGAAGGGCAAAGGGCAAAGGGCGAAGGCAGGGCCAUGGUGUUGAUGGCAGGGUUUUUAAAGUAGGGCUGUCAAAGAAAUCCAUUGUAAUCAAUUACAAUGAAUGGGUGGUGGUAUGGUUCAACAAGUGUAAGAGAGAGACAUUAGUUCAAAAUGUAUUUGGAAAGGUUCCCUCCCUCCCUAUCCCCAAUCUCCUCCUAUUUCCUUUAGGGAUUAAUUAUUAAUUAAUGUGAAGAAUAUUAUUAUGAUUAUUUUUUUGAAGUUAUCUGUGAAAACCAAUGGGGAAGGAAGUUGGCAACACUCUUCUACACCAAUUAAUACGCAUAAUGGAAACCUUCUCAUUGUGUUUGCUAU